AUGCCAAUCCUAAGUCUCCAAAAAGCGGCCCCCUUUUUCAAAGGCACUGCAGUGGUUGACGGCCUAUUCAAAGAAAUAAGUUUAGACGACUACAAAGGUCAAUACCUCGUCCUAUUUUUCUACCCAUUGGACUUUACUUUCGUAUGCCCCACUGAAAUAAUCGCCUUCUCGGACCGCGCCCCCGAUUUCAAAAAAAUCAAAACCGCUGUUAUUGGUGUCUCAACCGAUAGCCAUUUCUGCCACUUAGCUUGGAUCAACACUCCUCGAAAACAAGGGGGUUUAGGCCCGAUGAACAUCCCUCUGUUGGCAGAUAAAUCCGGGAAAAUCGCACGGGAUUACAUGGUCUUAGACGAGGAAACUGGAGUCCCGUUUCGGGGAUUAUUCAUCAUUGACGGGAACGGGAUUUUGAGACAAAUGACAGUGAAUGAUCUACCUGUGGGGCGUUCCGUUGAUGAGGCACUUCGGCUAGUCCAAGCUUUCAAGUUUACAGAUGAGCAUGGAGAGGUGUGUCCUGCAGGAUGGACCCCCGGGAAAAAGACCAUGAAACCGGAAGUGAACGCCAGCAAGGAUUUUUUCGGGGAGGUUAAUUAAAACAAAUAUUUAUUUAUUAAAUUUUUUAUUAGUACUGAUGGAUUAAGUGUGACGAUUGUAAAAAUCACUGACAGGAAGGAAUGGUAACUGUAACUGGAUUUACAGAAAAAUGGAAUAAGAGCUUCUUACGUACUACAAUACUGAAAUUUGUUUUAAUUUCAGUUCGGGUCGGCUUACAAUUGUCCCCCACUUAAUCCAGAUUCUGUAUUCAAUACAAUCUUAUAAAAUUAGAAAGUUGACGUAGUCUAGACUUAAUUACGGUUGAAUAUGUAAUAUGUUGAUUACUAACGUAAAAUGGCACUUCA